AUGCAGCGGCUCCGCGAGCGGCAGCCCGGCGGCGGCAGCAUCCUCAAGUACGCGCCGCCGACCUACGCGGACGAGAUCGGGCUGACGAGCGACAAGUACGUCCUCGUCAACGACACCAUCGACGCGCUGCCGCUCGCCUUAUCGUUCGCGCCGCUGAGCUUCGCGCGGUGGCAGCUCAUCGCGCGCAUGGAGGAGGGGUUGCAGGACCAGAAGGAGGACUUCGGGUUCACGGACAACGACAUCGACGACGUGCGGCGCCUCAUCGCGGACACGCAGACCUGGCUCCUCGCGGUGACGAUGCUCGCGUCCGUGCUCCACCUCCUCUUCGAGUUCCUCGCGUUCAAGUCCGACGUCGAGUUCUGGCAGAAGAACACGAGCCUACGGGGGCUGAGCGCGCGGUCCGUCGUCGUCGACCUCUUCUCGCAGAUCGUCGUGCUGGCGUACCUCGUGGACCAGGGCGCGUCGCUGCUCGUGUCCGUGCCCGCGUUCGGCGCGAUCCUCAUCCAGGCCUGGAAGGUCGAGAAGGCGACGGGCGUGCGCUUGAGCUGGAGCUCGCCCUACUGCCUCAAGUGCCACCGGCUCGACGCGCUCGCGGAGGCCGCGGCGGACUCGGGCGACGCCGCGGGCGACGCGCUCGACCGCGAGACGCUCCGCGUGGACCGGCUGACGACGUCCUACCUCGGGCUGGUGCUCGCCCCGCUCGUGCUGGGCUACGCCUGCAAGACGCUCGUCUACGACGCGCACCUGGGCUGGUACUCGUGGGCGCUCGGCGCGGCGACGUCCGCGGUCUACACGGGCGGCUUCAUCCUCAUGACGCCCCAGCUCGCGCUGAACUACAGCCUCAAGUCCGUGAGCCACCUGCCCUGGAAGCUCCUCUGCUUCCGCUUCGUCAACACGUUCAUCGACGACCUGUUCGCGUUCGUCAUCAAGAUGCCCAUGAUGCACCGCGUCUCCUGCUUCCGCGACGACGUCGUCUUCGUCAUCUACCUCUACCAGCGGCGCAUCUACAAGGUCGACGCGGCGCGGUCCACGGCCAUGGAGGACGAGGCCCAUUAA